AUGCCUUGGCCACCAUAUUCACCUGAUUUAAAUCUCAUUGAAAAUUUAUGGUCAAUCAUGAAGAGGGAGAUUUACAAGAUCCAGCCAGAGUUAGAGUUUGCAGAUAACACAGUGGCACUAUUUAUAGAAACUGUCAAAGAGGCCUGGAAUUCAAUAGAUGAAAUAGCUGCUGGUUCCGCUGUUGCGCGGCUACGGCCUUUAGCCCCCCCACAACCCAACGAGUGCGCCAGCUGA